UUGGUCCUGGCCCACCACUGUUCUGACCCACAGCUCGUGCCUCUCCCUGCAGGUCUGUGCUUCAGGCUGUUCUACGUGAGUCCGGACCGGAGCUCCUGGCCGGUGGGGGGGGGGCAGCAGGUCGGGACCAUGCUGCCCAUGCUGUACCCGGGAAUCACCUCCCACCUGCAGAUGAGCCACAAGAGAGACCCCACAGGCUACUUCUGA